GUUAUUACCAUAGUUUUAAAAACCGUACCGGAAACCAGGGGACCGGUCACCGUACCAAUCCGGUUGGAAGGGUCAGACCGCAACAUGCAUCCAACACCUGUGAACCGGCAUCAACCGGCGGUAGAACCGGGAAACGCUACUGGUUUUUUCGAUUGGAACCCUAGGUCACACAGGUCUGAGAUGUGGCAGCGUUGAUGACCCCACUUUCGAACCGGAAAACGCUACCGGGAAACGCUCCUAGAUGACGAAGUCUACUGGCUGUGGAAACUUGAGCUCCGCAUGUAUCUUUUAUCAAUAUUAACGGCGGAGAGAGAUAAAGGUGAAACGCCGAUGUUGGCAGAUUUGGAGUGGAGACUCAACGCCGAUGUUUUGAAUCUGAUUUUGACGGCGGAUGUUUCGAGCUUCAAUAGCUAGGGUUUUGAUCGGAUGAGUUCAAGAUUUGAUAGCUUAUUAAACUUGAAUUUGAGAAGGUUUAUUAUCCAUAUCUGUUGAUCAGCAAGAAGAGAUAUGCUGGCCUUUUAUGGACCAAUCCUGAUAAAUUUGACAAAAUGGAUGCUAAAGGAAUUGAAACAGUGUGAAGGGAUAAUUGUCUCUUGGUAAAGAACCUUGUAACUGAAAGCCUUCACAAAUUAUUGAUAGAUAGAGAUGUUCCUGGAGCUGUUCAGUAUGUUAAAAAUACUAUUUCUGAUCUUCUUAAGAAUCGCAUGGAUUUGUCUCUUCUCGUUAUUACAAAGGGCCUGACAAAAACUGGAGAUGAUUAUGAAGUAAAGACAGCUCAUGUUGAACUUGCAGAGCGGAUGCGCAAGCAAUCAACUGAUCAACCAAAUGCCAACAAAUCUUAUGAUUCAUCUUCCAAGAUGCCACCCUCACCAGAAACGGUCACCACCUCCCUCGCAAAUUCUCCUGUUGAAAUGAAUCUGAUAGAACUCUCUGCAAACACUGCAAGGGAAGGGAAGCUGAACUUUAUUGUCAAUCAGUUGCAAAUGUUGCUGAACUGGAGAAGCUUUUUGGGCGGUUGUGGACGCAGUGCCAAGAGUGUCAAGGCUCCCUUCACCAGGAUGUGCUUUGCACUAGUCGAGAUUGCCCGAUCUUCUAUAGGAGGAAGAAGGCGCAGAAAGACAUGGCGGAGGCCAAGACUCAAUUAGAUUGAUGGAGCUUCUCAACAUGCACUAUGAAAUGAAAGUUACUCAUGCGGCAUAAUCUGUACAGGUGUGGUCGCAAGUAGUUGAUUAGAUCUGAACUCAAUCUUUUUUUUGUUUUGAGGAAAAUCUGAACACGAACUUGAUAGUGUAAGACUGUAGAGACCACCUGUAAUUGUUAGUGAUGU